AUGGUUCGAACGCUCGCGAUGAGAUUGAUGAUCUUGGCUUUGACACUGGCAUCGGGGCCAGCGCCAAAUGCGGGAUCAUACGAUGCUGGUGAAAGAUUGACUAGACAGAAUGCGUCAGAUAAGACAUGCGCGGAUAUAGGUAGACUCGAGAUUGGGGUGGUUCGUACUGCGCGCGAGGAAUCGAUCUUCGGAAAGGACAGCGACGGCAUUGAUAAGGAGAAUGCAGACUGCAAGAUGAAUUAG